GUCCCUCGUCUCCCUCCCAUCCUCCAGGUAGAAAAGAAGCAGGUCACCACAUCGGCAACACAAGCAGCCAGCGCCUCCAGGAGAAGAAACGAGGCCCACUUCAUAUGUCCUGUCCCAGGCUGUGGAAGCACCUUCACCCGUCGAUUCAACCUCAGAGGUCACCUUCGAUCUCACACGGAAGAACGACCAUACGUCUGUGAAUAUCCAGAUUGCAAGAAAGGAUUCGCAAGACAGCACGAUUGCAAGCGCCACCAAGCACUUCACGCAAACAGGACCCAAGCGAACGUAUGCCAGGGGUGCAGGAAAACGUUUAGUCGCCUAGAUGCUCUCAACGUAAUCCGAUCAGAGGGCGGCGCUGACUGUCGACAAGCCGUCGAAGCC